AGAGAGAGAGAGAGAGAGAGAGAGAGAGAGAGAAAGAGGAAGAGGAAGAGAGAGAGAGAAAAUAUAAAUAGUGAAAGAUAGAGAACGAAAGAAAAAAAAAGGAAGAUAAGGAAAAGAGAGAAGGGAGAUACAGAAAGGAUGGCGUCGAAGAGGAACGAGGAAACGAGGCCACGUCCUGCGUGUGCGAGGUAUUCGAGGUUAAAUGCGGACGGUGACGACGGUACUGGCCAGUGAUUUUGGUGUUAUUAACAGCUUCUAAUUCGAAUCAGGCUCCGGCGGUCUGAUUGGAUUUGUGGUUGGGCCUGGAUUUGGCAUUAAGAAGGAUGGGUUGGGUCACCGGUCUCGGCGUCGCACUGGUCAUUGUCGUCACCGCUGGUGCUGCUUUGGCUCUCUGUAGACGAUAUUGCAUCGGCUGGCAAUGGGGUACUAGAAAUAUUUGGAGUAUAUUUGAAGAAUGGCGACAGACAUUAUCAUGGCUAUGGGCACCGCGAGAAGAAAAGGUUGGUCUCGUAAAAGCUCAACAUCCAACAGCACAGACAAUACCAGGUUUAUAUCGGCAAACUGGUAAUCCUUCUCAACAGUUGUUACAUAGUGAUAGCGAUUUGAGACUGGAUGCUCAAGGAGCCUUCACACGAUUCGAAGCUGUGGAUAGAGAUCUACAUCCACCACUUGGUACUGGAAGUAGUAGUACUAUACCACCUCAGCCAUUAAGGCCAGCACCGCAACCAAGGCCAGCAUCACGUCCAAGACCAUCUCCUCUUCAAACCCCUAGCACAGUUGAUUAUAUACGAAUGCAGGAAUCUGGUCCAGGUCCACUGACACCACCACCAUCCUUGCAAAGAACUAUUCCACAAUCGAGAGCAACCGCAGCCUCAGUCUUCGUCUUCCAAAACGAACCGGUGAAGAAUUAUGGCUUUUUCAAGCCACCUAAUGAUCACUCGGCCUUCAGAUUCGAUGGCGAAGGAAAUACUGGAAAUAUGUUGCCUGAAAAUAUUCAAAUGACAGCUUACACUAUGCAAAAUCAUUCUGAUUCGAGAAUGGGAAGAUACGAAAUGGAUGCGACUGAAGAUAGAAGAAAGGACACUUAUGAUUCACGGUGUAAUCCUUACAGACAAUUCGAGACGAGUAAUAGAUACAAUGUUCAUAAUACACCUAUCACAUCUCUCGAUGUUAAAAUUAACAAUGAAGAAAAUACGUACGCCGGUUAUGACGUCGUUCAAAGAACUCAUCAAUUGAGACAACAUGUAAGGAAUGACUCUAGAGGAUCACCAAGUAGUUUUGGUUUGACGAAUCACUCAAACUCGACCAGUCAAACGAUCAUGGAGUCCAUUUAUGGACCUCAAACUCUCUGCAAGAUGCUUCAAAAUGCUCAGAACUUGGAGAACGAGUUGGACAGAAGAAACAACGAGAUUCAAAGCAUCGAGAUGACACCUUUCAGAAGUUCGACGCUUCAAAAUGACGUUGGCUCGUCUUAUCUAUACCAUGAUAAUUCAUCCAACACUGGUCUACAAAGAGUCUCUCAAUAUAUCCAAAGUCUACCUGAUCAUCCUGCCUUUGACACGAUCAAUGAUCAUACGUCGGAACGGGAACAAAUACUUUACGCCGAUGAUAUGCAAGCACAGAUCAACUCGUCAAAGAUUAACAGCGAAUCAGCAUCGAGUCCUGUACCACCGCCACCUGCGCCACCUGAUCCUCCUACGGACGUACUCAAAAAGAAUGAACCUACAACGGGUGAAAGGAUCUUCAAUGCACUUCGAUCAGUUACCUCGCAAAGUUAUAUCGAUGCCUCGGAAUUUUACAAUUCCGUUCUAUCGUCAGCUCAACAAGUCCAACGAUUUACCUUCUCGAGAUCGCCAAGUAUGGUGAACGAGAAUACAGGAAGUCGUUUACAGAACGAGGUACGUGACAUAUACACUGAAACCGAUUCGGACGCCAUUGGCCUUGAUGCUUCCAGACGUAGUUCCGAUCUUUACAGCCCCGAGCUAAACUUGGAAGCUCAUAGAACUGCUCAGGAAGUAUAUAACAGCUUACAGGAUCCACCAUCUUCGCCUUUACUUUUGAAAGAUCAUAAUCACGAGUCUUAUACGUUCAUGUCCGAUCCAAGCUUCACUAGAACCUCCGAAGACAUCUUCAAUAGCUUAGAACAAAGAAGGAAGAGUAUGGAGAGAUUAAAUGGUAUCCAUGAAUUUGUAGAACAUGAAACUUCCGAUACUUCAAGACGGCGAAAUAGUCAAGAAUUAUAUGCUGCAUUGGAGGAAGUUCAAAUCAAAAGAAGAUUAUCGCAGCAAAGUCUCGAAGAAAAUUACAUUACGAGUUAUACGAUGAACGAGCACGGUGAAUCGAAUUCCGGAAGUCGUCGUGGUUCACAGGGACCUGAACCUGAACCUCCGCCGGACGAAUCUAAUUUAAAAAGAGCAAUAAGUUGCGAAAGUGUUUGUUCAGAUACCAGUGUGGUAUUGAACGAUCUCGAGGAGGCACCUGUCGUGGGACUCGUUUGCGUUGGUUUAGAACACGAAAGAUGGGGCGGACGUGGUACCGAUGCCGAAGGUGACUUGGCAGUCAGUGUCCUUGAAGCUAGAGAUCUCAUUGCACCUGACGGUCGACCUGCACAAGACACCUUCGCGAGAGUAUGUCUAUUGCCUGAUAGACAAACACACGUGCAAACACGUUUGUACAGAGGUUCUCCAUCGCCAAGUUAUCAAGAAAAGUUUCUCUUUCCUUUGGACGGUGGUCCAGCUGGAAGAACACUUCUGGUCGAGGUGUUCUCUGACGAAUCGAGUAUCGGUGGUGGCGCCUCCCUUAUCGGUGAAGCUAGUUUAAGACUAGGUCCAGCGCUAAGACCACCUGCUACAACCUGGCUACCUUUAACAGGACCUGCCUUACCUACGCCGCACUUGGGAGAGCUCUUGUUCUCUCUGAGUUACUUGCCAACUGCGGAGAGGCUAACAUUGGUCGUAGUAAAAGCUAGAAAUUUGCGUGGUUCUAAUACUAUACCGGGUGAUUUCUUUGUCAAGGUUUACCUGCUGCAACAAGGAAAGAAAAUGCACAAGAAAAAGACGUCUGUGAAAAAGGGAGAGAAGAGUCCCAUUUUCAACGAGGCGAUAAUAUUUAGUGUACCAGCUCACGCUCUACAGACAAUUCAAUUGAGACUGACAGUAGCAGAGGUGCAUAACGAGCAAACAACAACAAAUACAAAAGCUUAUUCGGUCGGUCACGUUAUUGUUGGUUCCACUUCAACAGGCAAAGCAUUAGCACAUUGGAGACAAAUGUUAACGGCAUUGAGACGUCCCAUUGCUAUGUGGCAUCCAUUGAGAAAAUGAGAUCAGUUGGACAUUGAGAUAGAGGAGGAGGAGGAGGAGGAGGAGGAGGAGGAAGAGAAGGAGGAGGAAGAAGAGGAGGAGGAGGAAGAGGAGGAGAGUGUACGAUGGAUAUAAAGAAGACAAAAUUAAUGGAACAAGAAGAAAAGAGAGAGA